AUGGUGACGUCACACCCGUUGUUUCGGAUGACGUUUAGAGAAGCAGGCCGCACGCGCAUAGCAGGAACUCUUGUCAGAUUUCUGUGGAUCAAGGUCGUCGAUUUUCCCUAAGUCACACGGAAAUACGGGAUCGCCCUCUCCCGUCCCCCUUACCCCCCUUCUCAAACAGCAUGGCUCAGGAGACAAAUCAGACGCAGGUGCCAAUGCUUUGCACUAUGGGAUGCGGUUUCUAUGGUAAUCCUCGCACCAAUGGAAUGUGCUCUGUCUGCUACAAGGAACAUCUGCAGAGACAACAAGGAGGGGGACGAAACAGUCCCCCAGGUGAGAAAGCUGCCACAUCUCCUGUAGGUUCCCCAGGUGCAUCUGCGGUAACAGUGGAGUCCACCCCUGUACCCACUACAGAAGCCGUUACCCCUCCUGAAGAACGCACAUCUAAUAGUUCGCCCAGUCCAGUAACCCAGCAGAUGACGGCUAUGAGCAUCUCACAGGACACAGCAACCACUGAUUCAGACAGAGCGGAAGUAGAGGAGGAAGAGGAGGAGGGCUCGUCUAAAAGCACAGGGCCAGUAGGGGAAGCUACACAGCCUUCUUCAGAUGGAGAUCAGACUCCUGACAAGAGCAAAAAGAAGAAUCGAUGCUUCACAUGUAGGAAAAAAGUUGGCCUCACGGGCUUUGACUGUCGCUGUGGUAACCUGUUUUGCGCUAUCCAUCGUUAUUCUGACAAACAUGACUGUCCCUACGACUACCGAGGAGCCGCUGCCGCCCGCAUCCGCAAGGAGAACCCCAUCGUUGUAGCUGAGAAGAUUCAGAAGUUAUGAGGACUGACAGCUAAACGAGCAAAAAUAGUUUGACCUGCAAGUUUUGGAACCAUGGCGCUGAAUAACACCAUUCUAAACUG